GGAACCGCGGGAACCGGGGGAGAGGGGCCCGCCGCUGCCCCCGGCUCCGCCGUGCCGGAUCCCUCCCUGUGAGGGAAUGAAUGCCGGCUCUGCAGCGCCGGGAACAGCCCCUGGCGAUCCCCCGGGAAAGGCAAUCCCGGCUCCGGUGUGCCGGGAAUUCCAGGUGAGUGACCUGGAUUCGGCGCUGGGCGAAAUGAAAGCCGGGAGCGUUUCCCAAGCCAGGGACUGCCAUCCCCAUCCAAGCUCGCUGAGAAAACCGGGAACUGUUCCACGCUGGAUCCUAACUAAGCCCAAAGUUUUUUCCCUUUUCCAGGCAGGACACCAUGGAGCGUUUUUCUCUCUCUGAGCUCGGGCUCCCAACAGAAAACAAAGCUAUCCAGGGAAUUCUCUGUCCCAUGGCUGUGGAGCUCUGCCACCUCCUCCUCGCCCUGGAACGGGAAGAUGGGAUUUGUCCAGCCUUCCCCAAUUUGGGGGGAAAGGCGAGAGAAUUGGCCAAAGCUAUGGAAGAACUCGCUGCUGUGGCGAGGAGGAUCUCCGAGGAUCGUGGCACGGGAGGGAGCACGGAGCUGUGUCCCGUGGGUGAAUCCCUGCUCCAGGCCGGGAGGGACCUGGCACUGGCAGCAUUCCAGCUGCAGGAGCAUCCUCACAGCCCUGGGCAUCGCCAGCAGCUGGCAGCGGCCGCCAAGAGGAGCCUGACGGAGACAGCGAAGAUCCUUCAGCUGGAAGAGGCUGCGGGGCUGAGGAGGAUCGCUGGCGCUGCCAGCUGGCUCCUGGAAUGCCUGAGUGAGCUGUGGGAUGCCCGGGACACUCCGGGGCUGCUGGAUGCGUUCCAGGCCUUCUCCCAGGCCCUGCUCCGGCUGAGCCGCCUCACGGCCGAGCGCCUCCAGCACCUCGGAGACUGUCCCGGAGCGAAGAGCUUGGCCCAGAGCCUGCAGCUGCUCCACCAGUGUGUCCCGCUCAUCCACACAGCCCUGCCGCGCUCCAGGGAUCGCCAAGCUGACCUCUCCCAGGAUUCUGUCUUCCAGCUGACCGAGAGCACCGUCAGGGGGCUCCUCUCCCAGCUCACGGAGCCCCAGGACAGCAGUGGGAUCUUCUCCCAGCAGGUGAGCAGGCUCCAGGCUCUCCUCUCCCAGCCCGACGCCCUGCGCCUCUCCGAGGGCGGGUUCAGCUCCCUCUUGGAAGCGGUCAUUCUCCAUGGAAUGCUGCUGGCAGAGUCAUCCCGGCUGGACCUGCGGCUGGAGCUGCUGGAACGCUGCUGGGCGCUGCUGCAGCUGAGGAGGAGCAUCCUCAGCCACACGAGCCAGAGACAGGGGGAACAGGGACUGCAGCGGGAAUGUCACAGCCUGAGGGAGCAGCUGGAGAACCUGGAGCGGGCAGCGCUCAGAGCCACGCUGUGCCAAAUCCUGGACGGAUUCUUCGAGGAGAAGGAGCCCCUGAAGCAGCUGCUUGAAGGUGUCCUUAGCCUUGCCCGUUCAGGACGUUUUCCUGCAGGACCAGGAGGAAUUUUAAGGAAGCUCCAGCCCCUCACUGCCGCCUUCUUUGCUCAGGCCCAGCGGAUGCUCCGAGCGGCCGAUCUGGUCCUGGCCGGGUGUGCCGCGGCCCAAACCACCAGGGAAAUCCGGGAGGGCGCGGAGCAGCUGCGGAGGCUCCUGGGCAGCCUCCCUUCCCUGCUCACGGAAACGAGCGGGAACGCCACGGAGCAGCUCCAGGCCCUGGGCCGCGCCUGGGCCAGAGCCACCGACGGCCUCCUGCGCUGCUUCGAGGAGACCAUCGGCGUGAGGGAACUCCUGGAGUUAUCCAUCCUGGAGCUGGCCGAGCACAAGGAACGCUGCGAAGCGGCGCUGGAACGCCGCGAUCCCGAGGGAUUCUCCGAGCACGCCGCUCGCCUCACGGGCUGGGCGCGCUGGGUGGUCGGAGCCGCCUCCCGGCACGUGGACAGGGCCACCGAUCCCAUCUUCAGGAACGGCUUGCUGGUGUGGGUGGAGCAAUUGGCCAAAUCCAUCCUGGAGCUGCGAGCAGUCACGGCCCUCAUUCCAGGAAGGUUUUCCUGCCCCCAAAGCCGGGAUGCCUUUUCCCAGGCAGUGAGCUCCCUGAUGGACUCUGCUCUCCGUGUCCAAGCCGGGCUGGAUGGCUCCAACCACCCGGAGAUCCUCAGCCCGCUCCGGGAGCGAGUGCGGAGCACCGAGGUGGAAGAGGGGCUGGAGCUCCGGUCCCACACUGGGAUACGAACCAGGACGGCUGAGGCAGAGUUCCAAGGAGAUCUCCAAAGUCAUCCAUCUUCACCACCAGAUAGCUUCCGCCUGGAUCCAUGGGAAGGGGAAACACACCCUGUCAUCGCAGCUCUCCUGGCAGCAUCCCGAGCCGGUGCCAGGGACGCCGUCGGUGCUGCUUGUUCCGUCCUGCUGGAGCUCUCCGAUGGCUGGGUGGAAGCAGCACGGGAAGCGCUGCCCGUGGCAGAGCCCCCGCAGUUCCGGGUGCUGCAGCAACACCGGGAUAUCACGGCACUGACCCCACAGAUCAUCAGCCUGGCCACGGAAACGGCCCCCGGGCAGCUCCCUGCUCCAGGCAGGCUUCUCCAAAUGGCACUCAGGCUCUCGGGAAGGGUCUGGGAGACUCGGGAGUGCCUGGCGGCUGUGGCAGGCCCUUGGAAUGCUCUGGCCCAGCAAGUGCUUGGAUUUAUCCUGUCGGGUGACUUUCCAAGAGGGAAGCAGGCUCUGGAUGAGACCCUGCUGGGUUUAGCAGGAGCAGUGCAGUUGGCGGGAGCCAUGGCGAGCACAGCCUGCGGUCAGGAAAAUCCCAAUCCCUCCUGUGGCCAGCAGAGCUUUCUGCAGCUCCAAGCCAAGUUUUCCCGUGCUCAGCUGAACACCAAAGCAUUCCUGGAGAAGGCAGCAUCCUUCAGGGAAUCUUGUGGGAUGGAAAAGGCCAUCCUGGAGCUGCACGGUGCCCGGUGGGCUGUUGGCAUGCGUGUCCUGCUGGAUGCCAUGGAUGGAUUCGUGGGCAGGGAUGUCCUGUUCCUGGCAGAGCUGAGCAGAGCCGUGAGGAACAAGGCUGCCCCACGGAGCCUCCUGCCUGCUGUGGCUGAGAAUUCCCUCAGGCUGCAGGAGGCUGCCCGCCUCUCCUACUUAUCCUGCCCUGGAGACCACAGUGCCAGAGAAAUCCUGGCGCUCCGGGAAGAGAUCCAGGUGCUCAUGGAAGCUCUGCUGGACGUCUCCAACACCCUCCUGCUCUCCCCACUGCCUACUGCCAGCUUGGCCAUCCGCUUCGAGCUGCUGCGGAGGGACGUGGCCCUCAGGGCCAAGGCGCUGUCGCUCCACAUGGAAAGGGUCAACAUGGAACAGCUGCAGCUCAUCCAGGACGUGGCUGGAGCAGCUCUGUCCAACCUCAGCCAAGAGAGGGAGAGGAGCAAGGAAGGGUUUGAGGAGAAGGCAAAUCGGCUCAUGGCUGAUGUCCGGUGGGUCAGGAACACCCUCCGGGAUGCUCUGGAGGCCGGUGCUCAGCCUGGGUCGCAGCCUGACCUGCUGUCCGUGGCUGACCACCUCCUGCUCCUCACGGCUGACCUGGUGGGAAGCGUCCGGCGGCACUUCAGGAGCCAGCAGGACACCAGGGAUCCCCUCCUGGACACUGGGGAUCCCCUCCUGGACACUGGGGAUCCCCGCCAGGACCCUGGGGAUCCCCGCCUGGACACUGGGGAUCCCCACCAGGACACUGAGGAUCCCCUCCUGGACACUGGGGAUCCCCACCAGGACACUGAGGAUCCCCUCCUGGACACUGGGGAUCCCCUCCUGGACACCGGGGAUCCCCGCCAGGACACUGGGGAUCCCCGCCAGGACACUGGGGAUCCCCUCCAGGACACUGGGGAUCCCCUCCUGGACACUGGGGAUCCCCGCUUGGACAGCGUGGUGUGGUACUGGUCAGCCAAGGCACACUACCUUGUCACACAGCUCCGGGUUAUCCCUGGAAUUGACAGGGAUGUCCUGUGGCGCCUCACGGAAUGCCUGCAGCGGGAACGCUUCCCAGGAUCGCCCAAGGGCACAGCUGCACUCUCCCCAGCUCCAGAGCCCACUCCAGAGGCAGCAGGAAUUCAUCCACGUGGGAGCAGAGGAGCGAGUGGAGCCAGGCGGGAAGCGGGUGAGCCGAAACACCCAGGUGGAGGAGACCACUCGGCAUCGCCGUGUCCACACAUUCCAGGCUUGGAAUCUGCUCCCUUCCUGUCUCCACAGAACCGGGAUGGCCCUUCCAGCAUCUCCCCUGCAAAGCAGGAGACAGGAAACCGUGGCAAGUGGCAGGGUGGCCCCAGCCAGGUGUCCCAGGUGACUCAGGACAUGGCCACGAGGAUGCUCCACAUGGCUCAGUUCCUGCGCAGGAAGGGCCCCAUUGCGGUAGGUUCAUCCCUCCCGUUUUCCCGUAGGAUCACGGCAGCUCCAUCCCAAAUCCUUGUGUCACCCAGCUCUUGGGAGAGUGGCACCAGCUCUGUGCGAGCAAAAUAUUCCAAAUUCUUUCCUCCUGGCUGGAUGUGA